AUGAUUCAUUUGAGAAUACAUCAAGGAAGUUUCCAUACAGAAAUAGAGGACAGCGAUGACGAUGAAGAAACCAGAGAAUAUAAAACUCUACUAAAGAGGAAAUCAAAGUAUAUUGAACGUUACACAGAAGAAAUCAAACGAAGAGAAGUAAUAUAUGCAAAGCAUAGAAAAGCACAAAAAAGACUCUCAGAGAUAUUUAAGGUGACAAAAUCCAGCGAACGAUUUAACUCUACCACCGUUCCUUCAUCAGAAAUUGAAGAGCGCUAUGCCAAGUACGUUGCCGAGCACAAAGAAUUGAGAGAUGAAAUGGAGGAGCUUCGAAAAAAGAAUGCAUAUCAAUUGAAUGAAAUGAGGAUUAGGCUGGAAGAACGAGAAACGAACGCUGAAGAGCUGCAAAACUCAUUCCGAGAGUUUAAAAGAAGUAUGGCUUUAAGUGCAGUAGACAGCCGAACUGGGAAAAAGAUUCCAAAAACUUCAAUCAACAAGUACAUUGAAAAGGAUGAACAAAAAGACGGGCAUAUAAGAGAAAUUAGAACGACGUACAUUGAACUGAAGAACAGCAAGGAAAGCUUAGAGAAGCUGAUCAAAAGCAGAGAGGAGUUUUCUGAAGGUCUUCAUUUAAUGGACUAUGAGCAACUUAAGAUGGAGAAUUCCACACUGAUGGAAAAACUUCGAGAAAAGAGAGACAGCUUGAAAAAAGCCAGAGAAAAGCAAACAACUACUGUUCAUAUUUUGACACAUGUGAAAGAAAAACUGCAGUAUGUCCAAACAGAAAACUCAGACCUGCAAAGAAAGCUGGAAAAACUUAAUGAAGAGAUGACAGAUCACAAAGACAUGCUCACAAGAAUCAAAAAAGAUAGAGACGCUCUUAAAAAACAAAAUUUAGAUAUGCGUGAGAAAGAACCACUCGUAGGAAACGAUUCUCUUUUGUUGGACUUUCAGAGUCGAAAAGACGAGCUCGAACAGCUUAAAGAGCAAGUGGUAGAUCUUAAAAACACGUACCACAAAUUAAUUUUGAAAACUAAAAGCUAUAACAAGCAAGCUGAAGCGUUCGAGAGGAAAGUGGUACCUAAACCAACCAUUACAUUACCAGAAUUGAACAAGCGCCUUUAUUAA